GUGACUUUGGACGUCCGCACAGGCUGGUAGUAGAGGGUGUUUAGUCUCUGGCCUGAUAAGAGUAUUCUAGCUUUUCGGACCACAGACCUUUGCUGCAAACAUGCUCCGCCAGAUCGUCAGCCAGGCUAAGAAACAUCCGAGUUUGAUCCCCCUCUUCGUGUUUAUUGGCGCUGGAGGUACAGGAGCAGCACUGUAUAUGAUGCGUCUGGCAUUGUUCAAUCCAGAUGUCAGUUGGGACAGGAAGAAUAACCCAGAACCCUGGAACAAAGUGGGUCCCAAUGAGCAAUACAAGUUCUACUCAGUGAAUGUGGACUACAGCAAACUGAAGAAAGAAGGCCCAGACUUCUAAGUCAAAUGCCUCACUAUAAAGCUGCUUAAAAUGAAGGUCUUUCAGAAGCCAUCCGCACAAUUUUCCACAGAAACAGGAAAUAUUUCUCCUCUGAAUGCAUGAUAUCAUGUUCAUUUGUUGGAUUUAUUACACUGAAUAAUAAAUCUCUGAAACUUGA